AUGGUUCAUGUAGAAGAAUCGUUGCAGUUGCCUCGUGAUUUUGAAGGGUUUGGUGAGGAGAGCCAUGACCCACAGUGGCCCAAUGGCGCCCGCAUUGCUGUCUCGUUUGUGCUGAAUUACGAAGAAGGCGGAGAACGAAAUCCGCUUGACGGUGACGGCACAAGCGAGCCAUACCUAUGGGAAAAAGGGCCUUCAGGAGGCGGAAGAGAUCAGCGCCACUUGAACGGUGAGCAGGACUACGAGUAUGGUAGUCGCUGUGGAGCUUGGCGUAUCUUGAGGCUCAUGAAAGAAUUCGGUUGGAACAUGACUCUCUGGGCAAUCGCAGUAGCCAUGGAACGUAACCCCACUUUCGCCAAAGCCUGUGUACGUGAUGGCCAUGAGAUUGGUGCGCACGGCUACAGAUGGCUGGACAUUUGGGACUACUCCCUGGAGGAUGACAAGGCCUACAUCAAGAAGACCUGUAAAGCUUUGGAGGCUGCGACUGGUGAAUUUCCCGUUGGUGCAUACUUCGGGCGAGGAACGCCGAAUACAGCCAGUCUGCUCCCUAUCAUGUGGAAGGAGAUGGGGCACACGAUGCUAUACUCGUCAGAAGCGUACAAUGAAGACAGUCCUUACUGGAUCGAUCUACCAUGGGAAGCCAAGCUACCUGAUGAAGAGAAGGAAGGGCUUCUGCUGCUACCAUACAAUUAUGACUGUAACGAUGGGAAAUUCCACAUGCUUCCUGGGUUUGUCAGCUCUAACGGGGCGACAUACGAGCAAUAUCUGAAGGACACUUUCGACUGUCUCUAUCGGGAAGGAGGGAAAAUGAUGACCAUUCCACUUCACUCUCGAAUCGCCGGUAAGCCAGGACGGUCGGAAAGUCUGAGGAGAUUCAUGCUGUAUAUAGCAGAAAAAGAAGGUGUGUGGGUAGCAAGUCGCAGGGACAUCGCAAACCACUACCGAACGACCUUCCCCUACAAACCGGGCUCGAAAACCGGGGCUAAGUAGAAAGUUA